GUGACACAAAGUAAGUUUAUGCACUGUGUAUUUUGGAGAAAUUAGUCCUACCCUAUGACCCAAUCACAACAGUUUUUAGUUUUGAAGAUAACUGUAAACAAACGGUUUUGCAUUAAUUUGGCAGAGUUAUUAAAUAAUUACAAGUUACCUUCUAAUUGUAGUAUCAACAAGAAAUGUAAUGAUUAUCGAUUGUAAUUUUCAAUGCAUGGUAUAUGUGUUUGCAUCACCCGUAUUUAUAACCUCUAAAGAUAAGACACUCGCGGGUGAUUAAUCACAUGUUCAGGGUUUAACUGAGGCUGUGAAAACGUCUUUUCAAAUUCAUAAACAUCUUUUUAUUGUCUUUGGAUUUAAUUUACACGAUUGUGAACUCGGAAUACAUGGCUACUUCAAAUUCUCUUUCGGAGGAAAUUCCGGCGAAGUUAUCGAUCAAAAAUCGAUUAUUUCAACCAAAGUCGCUCCCUUGUUUGAUCCUUGUUGACACAAUUAGAAAUUAAUAAACAAUAAAAACAGAGGGAAAUGCACUUUAGUACGUUGUUAAUGCAUCAGAUUUUAUCAUUUUCGCAGGUAAACAAUCAACUGCCUAUUUACCGAAGUAUAUGUUCCAAAUACAAGGCGAUUGUUUCCCAAGUUAAAAAGCAAAAUGAAACGAAAAUCAAAACAAGCUAAAACCACCCUCACAAGUGAAAAUGACAACGCGUUGAAAUAUUUAACCUCAAUUUACUUCACAAUAAUCGGCACCAAUGUUAUUUCCAUGUUUCAUAGAUUAUAUUCGCACGUGAACUGUUGCACAACAAACUGCCAGCUUCAAACAAAGAACCUCGUUUUCGAGUUGCGGUAGACUGGCGAUGUCUGUCAUAAGACCAGUCUAUCGCAAUGAAUUGCCAGCCUACGAUAUAUGGAAUAACGAGCCCUCUUUAUUAGUAUUUUCGCAAUUAUCUCAAAUUUGGAACAAAAUUCGCCUAUAAUUUUUGCAAUUUAUAUUUUCCUUUCCCUAAGGAUGAUUUAUACUAAGUUACGUGAAGAUUAACUCAGUAGUUCUUGAGAAGAAGAUUUUUUUAAAUGCACCCCCCUUUUUCACAGUUUCGAGGUUUUCUCCGCUUUGAAUACAAUCUGGCCUUUUAUUUUUGCAAUUUAUAUUCACCUUCUUAUAAGAAUGAUUUGUGCCAAAUUUGGUUAAAUUUGGCCAAGUGGUUUUAGAGAAGAAGAUCAAAAUGUAAAAAGUUUACAGACGGACAGACAGACGGACGACGGACAACGAGUGAUCAGAAAAGCUCACUUGAGCUUUCAGCUCAGGUGAGCUAAAAACGAUACUACGUGCCUGUAAUAUAGGAUUUAUCAUUGCCAUCGCAACAUCAUGUAAUAAAAGGCUGUCAAGAUGCAUCCAAAAACCGCCUUUUUUAAUAAUAAUAAACUUAAUGACAAGCAAAAAGAUGCCGGAAAUCUUACAGAUGAUCAUGUGCCAUGGGUUUAAUUAUCGUCGUUAUCAAAUAUAAAUAUCUAAGGUGUGCUAAUGAAAAAUGUCUCAUCUCUCCCUCUUUCUCUUGCAAGUUGCAAUAAAGGUUAAAGGUCAACUUUUGUUUAUGGAAUUUCUACAACAUAGCAGGAACUUUCUUGUAAUUUGGUUGGUCAAUCAGAUUGCGCACGAUAUUUAAGCAAUCAUUCGGCCACUAUUUGUAAAAAAUAUGGCGGUCUCGAAAGCUGUGCCGAAUGCAGGUGAUGAGAUCGAUUUGAAGAUUCAUUAUUUGUAUUAUAAUGAAAAUGCGCCCAUUUCUAUAGAAUUUACUGAGCUGAUGUCCCUUGGAUACAUCGGACUUGAAGCUGUCAUACAGUCUCAGAUUAAAUACAUCAGCCGGAUGCCGACUCUGCGAAUGUCAUACAAGGACAAAGAAGGGGAUUAUGUCGACCUUUCUCAAGCCAAUUUCUCAAAAUUUCUCAGGACCGUUCGCACAUCAAUUUCAGAUGAAGUUCCCGUUGUUAAUAUAAAAGUAUCCGAAGGAACUUCCCCGGGACAUUUCCAGUCGCCUAUUAUUAGUAUUCCGCAAUCCGGAGAAACGCCAGCUCGCAAGGAGUUGGAUUUUCAGUCGCAGACACCUACAGUUAGUAAUCCGGGAAGUGGUACAUUUGGGGAUGAAGUUCUCGAUCUAUUUACUUAUCGAUCACCAAUCGAACAAUCGAUAAACGAGUUGCAUGACGACAUGAAAGAACUUCAGACAGAAGUUGAGAGUGCGAGGGAGUAUGUGCUGAGCAUGCAGGAAAAAUAUUGUAGGGCCCCCGCUCGAAAUAUUGGCAAUGGAAAACAAUGUGGAAAUUGUCACUUGCGUCUUGACCAUACCGCGCGCCAGUGCCAUAUUGAAAAAUGCGUGACAAGCCAGCAGUGUGGGGAUGUAAGUAAACACUCGGAAGAGAAGUCUACCCUAGAAGGUGCGAAUGAUCAUCUAAAACGACUAGAGAAAACUUUGAGAGAGAAAACGUUGGAUUUAGAGAUGAAGCAGAAGGCAGUCGAUUCUGUCAAAAAUUCUUUUAGCCAGAAGAUAAGAGGACAUUUGAUAAAUAGUGAUAAAGAAAAAUAUCUACUGAAGACAUCGAAUGGAAACUAUGUACCAAGAUCGGGCCUUGUUAACAUCGACACAGCGAAAAUAGAAAAAUAUUUUCAAGGCAAAGUUCCGGAGAAUAUCGAAUUAGUUGCCAAAACUUUUCCAAUGAUCAUAAAAAAUUUCGACAGCGGACGCCCCAUCGCUAGGUUAGGAAACCCUGCUCGGCCUAUCUUGGAGGCAAAUUCUGUUAGAUUUCCAACAGCCGCACUAGGAAGGCCUCCAAGUCCCAGAGGAUCAUGCUUCUGGGAAGAAUCUGUGCCGCCAAAGAAGAGGCGUUGACGUUUCAUGUUUAAAACAGCGAUGCACGAUUAAAUAUACAUUUACAGUUGCUGUGUUUUGUUUCUUUGCCUGGUAAAUUUGCACUGCCCUGCAUAAUUAAGUAUCCUCAAGCAGCCAAUCAGCGGUAAGCUGAAUCGACCAAUAAGAAAGUUUGUGGUUACGGGGCGAGUCUUGUUUAUACUCGAUGCAGCUGUCAAAACUGAUCGUGACGCUAUCGGAAAAGUCCAACCAAAUCGGUUUUGAUAAUAUCACAAUAGUGUUGCUCUUGAGCAUAAAGAUUUAUACAAUACUAAAAUAAACUAAGAAUUAACAAGUACAUGUAUCUUAAUAAAAGUAAUAAAUAUAUUAUCAGGUAUACCGUGAACUUGUUAAACAAAAUAUGUAAAGACAAUCUUCCUUACUUUUUUAAAAACAAAGGUGGGGGAAAUAAUUUAAUUGUAAAAAUUUUGAUGAAAAAUUGGAAGUGCACAUUUACAAAAUGCCUUCAACAUAUGUCCAGAUUAACCAAAACAGAAGUUUCCAAGCUUAACGAGGCCGGGUCUAAUUUGUUCUGCCCUAGAUUUUUGGAUGAAACUUUUUACAUGAAUUUCUACUGAUAUAAUUAUUAUUUUAAGAUUAAAAAAUAAGACAUUUACCACACCGUUUGUUUAGGGGGUCAUCUCAAAGUUUGUUAAUCUUUAACAUAGGACCCUAUGGGAUUUUGCUUGAAAUGUAUCAAUUUUGCAUAUUUUUUUCAUUUUUUCAAAACUUCUGCCCUAGGGAUUUCUUUUUCUGUUCUACAUAUUAAAGUUAUUGCUAAAAGACAUCAAAUGGUCAAAUAAAAAAAAACUUUCACCUCCUGGUUUGUUCCAGGGGUCUUAUCAAAUUUCCUAGAUUCGUCAGAUAAUGGCUAUUUUUUAUUUGACAAAGGCGGAAAAGGUGAUCUAUAUAGUAUUAUUAAAACAUUCAGACAUAUUUAAGUAAUAAAAAAAUAUAUAACAUCACAUAUUAAGGGUCAUUAAUAUAAAAUACAUGGUUACUGUCUUGAAAUAUAUGAAUUAAGCUAUAUUUAGGCGGGUUAAGAAAACGUGACAGAGGGCUAGGCUUGCUGAACCCUCUUCACGUUUUCGACCCGAGCCCAAAUAUAGCUUACACUUCGAGACAUUUAUGUUUAUUCCACAAUAUAACAUUAUUUUUACGCAUCAAACGAGAUAUUUUCAACAAUUUUCGCUGAAUAUCUGCAGUUGAAACUAUGACGCCAUGGCGUCAACCAAGCAAAAAGAUGACGUCACAAUACAAAUGAAACGCUGCGCGAAAGCGUGCGUACUCGUUCUGUACUCGGCCUCGUUAAGUCUGGACUAAAAUUGUGUUAACGGAUGUACAGGCACUGCCAAAUGAACAAACAAACAAGGGGCCCAUGAGGCCACAUCGCUCACCUGAGCAACAAUGGCUUUAUAUAGGCAUUUAAAUGAUAUUAUUACUUAUUAGGUUAGUUACUGACUCACUACGGAAAUAUAUUGGGUUGAUCAAUCUCAUAGAUGGCGAGGCGAAGCCGAGCCUUUUAUGAGAUUGAUCAACCCAAUAUAUUUCCGCAGUGAGUCAGUAACUACCCUAAUAAGUGUUUUGUUUUCUCGAGGACUAUCAAGCGACAUAUUUAUUCACAAAUAGCGAUGAUCUACGCAAAGCCAUGUACAAGAUGCCUUACAUCUCGUCAAAUUCAACUCAUUUAAAUUCUUCAAAAUUUUCAAUCUCACCUUUCAAAUACUCUUUUAAAAUCUUUGCUUCACCCAUGUUUACUUACAAUGUUUUGUUGCUAUUCAAUCUUAAAUGUUUUCUCCCUUUCCUCUGCAGAGAUUUGAGCAAAUUUCGACGCUGCCAUUUUGUUCUGCUCCAGACAAAACAAUGUGACGUAAAUAUUCUAAGGGCAACUACUCUAAUUUUAAAGAAUUUCAAAGGGCAACUACUCCAAAUACUUUAAGAACUUACGGCAUGCAAUUUAUGUAUUAAACACUAUGAAAUAUCAAAAUGAGUAAGCGAAGCGUAGACCAAUGACAGCCAUAUUGCCUAAUAUUAUUUCUCACAGAACAAAUAUAGAGAUAUAUGAGGCAAUCAGGUGCUAUGUUUAAACCAAUGAAAAUGUGACAUUUCAGUCCAAGGGAAAACAAUGUGCCAUAUGGCCCCUUGGUAGGAUGAAAUUCAAUGUCUGAUUUACCAAAUUCUAUGUUUGAUUUGUUCAAAAAUUCCAAAAUACAGGCGAUAGUUCCCCUCAAGUUAAAAGGCAUUAUCAACUAAAAUGAAAGAAAAAUCAAAACAAGUUAAAACCACUGUCACAAGUGAAAAUGUCAACGCAUUGAAAUAUUUAACCUCAAUUUACUUCACGAAAUUGGCACAUCUAUAUUUUGCAUGUUUCAUAUAUUUCUUGCGCAUGUAAACUGUUGCACAACAAGCAAUUCAUCUUUGUCAGUUUGACCCAUUUAUCAUGCAUCCAACAUGAUUGCACAAAGAACUUGGUAUUCAAUAUACGAAAUACCGAACCCAAAGUUAUAAACUGAUUUACCCCCAUUAUUUUCGUAAAUUACUCAAAUUUGAAACAGAAUUAGCCCAUAGUGUUUGCAAUUUUUAUUUUCCUUUCCAUAAAGAUUAUUUAAGCUAAAUUUCAUUGAACUUGAAUCAGUAGUUCUUGAGAAGAUCUUUAAAAAUGCAACCCCUUUUUCUACGUUUCAAGGUUUUCUCCACUUUGAAUAAAGGUCCGUCUUUCAUUUCUGCAAUUUAUAUUCAUCUUACCAUAAGAAUGCUUUGUGCCAAAUUUGGUAGAAAUUGGCCAGGUGGUUUUAGAAAAGAAGUUCAAAAUGUAAAAGUUUACGGACAAACAGACGGACGGAUGGACAGACGAUGGACAAAAUGUGAUCAGAAAAGCUCAUUUGAGCUUUCAGCUCAGGUGAGCAAAACAGGAUUUCAGUUAACUUUCCUAUGUAGAGGUUGACAACUUAAGGUGGCAAGCACAUUAAGAUUAGA